AUGAAUAGACAAGACAAUGUUCCAAUUUCGAAUCAACAACCACAACGGAAAAAAUGUCAUGGUAAUCGACAAGAUCAACGUUUUAGAAGAAAAUGUCGUGCACAAGGAAUGAAUGCAACAUUAAUAGAGAAAAAACUUGCUCGACGAAAACAAAUUCAAAAUAAGAAGAAUUCAACAAAGAACAAUGUCACAAAUACAAGUAAUAAUACUGUAAAUGUACCAGUUUCAACAAUGACAAAUCUUAGCAAACGCAAACGAGAUCUAUCCUUACAAACAUUAAAUACAACGAAUCAAAUUAUAGGAAAAUCAACAAGUUCAAUAUCGCUAGCACAACCAUUAAUGAAAAAAACCAAAAAAGAAAAUAAUAAAAUAAUUAUAGAUUCAUCCAUCAUCGUGAUUAAUAAUAAUAUAAUGAAUACGAACUAUCGACGACCAUUGUAUUUGACACAAUCACCACCUCUACUUUUCAAGAAGUUAGCUACAAGAUUAAAAUAUUUCUUAAAGAAAGAACAUGAACAAAAAUUUAUCUACAUACGACUGGAUCUAUUCGAUCAACACUAUUAUCUACAAGUCUAUCAACAUUUAUGGCAAUCUUAUUUAGAUAUUGGUUUACAACAACAUAUAUGGCCAGAUGCACUCUAUAAAAUGGCAAAUACGGCGACUGAUACUCAGCUAUGCCAUAAAUAUCUUCUUAAUUAUCUGGAAUAUUUGAAAAAACUAUUGUAUCAAUGUCAAUUAGAAUUAGACAAACAAUCUCAAACAUGUCCAACAACAGGUCUAUCAUUAGAACAGAUUGAUCAUUGUCUAAAAGAAUAUGUUCAUAGUGAAAGAAACUAUUUAUCAACGAGAAAUAAUAAUCAAUUAAUUAAAUUUAAAGAGACUAUUCAUGAAAAAGAUUUAUACAAAACAAUUGCUACUUAUCAAUUAUCCAUAAAUUUGACUGAAUAUAUAAAUAAAUUAAUAACAAUACGUCAACAACAAGGAGAAAUUUGGAAAGAUUAUCUUAUAUUACAACUGCGCAUUUUAUGCAAAUUUUUACCAGAAAACUUUGGUCAUUUAGAACAUUUUAUUGGAUCUAUAAUUUAUUUACCAUUGAAUAACGAUCAACGUAGUAUUGAACUCAAAAAUAAACGUUAUAAAUUUAUACAAGAAGCAAAACGUGCUUGGUUAAAUAUUUUCUUCAAUGCUUAUGAACAUCAAUUACAAAAAUAUGAACAACAAUAUGAAAAUGAAUUUAAACAAUUGGAAAUACACCUAUUAAAUCGUAUUACAAUCGAUGGUUCAUCUAUUCUCAAUAAGAUCAAUGAAUAUUUAACUUAUCGAACAAAUCGAUUAAAACAAGAUAUUUCGAAGAAAAUAUCAUCAUCUCGAGGUAUACUACUUAAAAAUCGUCAACGUUCCUCAUCUACUAAAAAUAUGAUUGGUGUAUCACCUGAACCAUAUCUUGAUCUCAUCAAGAAUCCAUUCAAUCGAUUACAAUGGAAUCAACUUACACUUGGUCCAUCUUAUAUAAGAUUAAAUCAAAGUGCUAUCCGUCCACAUAAACAACAAAUAAAAGAAAUAGAAAAGGAACAUAAAGAGAUUUAUAAUAAAAUUGAACGAGAUCUAAUUAAAAAUCAAGGUAUUCCGUUGGGAGCAUCAGUUUUUAAACAAUAUUCAACAAAUCUUCGUAAUUAUCUUCAACAUUCAUAUUUUACUCCAUUACAAUAUAAAGAUUACAUACAAGCUCAACAGCAAGCACGAAUUGCUACAUCUAUUCGAAUAUUAAUUCAAAAACAAAAUCUAAUUAUUCGUCUUACUGAUAAAGGUCAUAAUUUUUACAUUGGUUCAGCGAUUGACUUUGAUAAAAAAGCACAGAAAUUCUUUUCUGAUACAAAAGCUUUCAAAGAAUUAUCCGACAAUCCAUUCAAUGAAAUUUUCAAUAAAGAUGAUAUACCAGUUCGUCCAAUUGAAAAUACGACUCAUGCUUCAACAACAAAUAUUUCAAAAUUUUUAGAUAGAAUAUUACAACCUAUAUUCAACGAUAAAUGUAAGGAUACAAUCAUUAUUGACGGUGCUUCGUUAAUUGAUGGACUUGAUAAAUACACUAAAAAAGGUCUAUUUAAAUCAUCAACUCUUUUCUGUACGUUUGAUAUUCAUAAUUUAUAUACUAUGUUACCACAAGAAGAAUCAUUGAAAAUAUUAAUUGAAUUUCUUAAUGUACAUGGAUAUACAAAAGUCACAGGCAUUGAUCCCAUUACAAUAAAAGAAUUAGCGUCAAUUGUAUUACAAGAAAAUGUAUUUGUCUAUGGUAAAAAAUUCUAUAAACAAACAACUGGUGGAGCAAUGGGUUCAUCAUUUAAAUUAACUCUAGCCAAUAUAUUUAUGUGGAAAUGGCAAAAAGAAUUUGUUCGUCAUCAAGAUAUUACCUGUGAAUUCUAUGGAAGAUAUAUUGAUGAUAUUUUUAUGACAUGGAAUAGAUCAGAAAAAGAAUUACGAAAAUUAUUAGAUCAAGCAAAUACAUGGCAUCCAAAUAUUAGAUUAGAUUAUAAAAUCGGUCAAAGUCUUCCAUUUCUUGAUGUACUUCUUACAAAUAAUAAUGGUAUUCUAUCAACAUCUGUCUAUCAUAAGCCAGCAGCGGAACCAUAUGUUACACCGUUUAUAUCUGAUCAUCCUCGGCAUGUUUUUAAAAAUAUUGUACAAAAUGCACUUACAAAAGCUGUACGAUAUUCAUCUACAUAUCAAGCAUUUCAAAAUGAACAACUUUACAUUAAACUAAUGUUAUUAUAUAAUGGUUAUCCAUUCACAUUUAUCGAUCAACAAUUUCGAAAAUUUUCAAUAGAACAUAUAUCAUCAUCGUCUUCAUCCCCAUUUCUACCAAUCAUUUGUAGUCAACAACAAUUUAUACAUACUCGUCAAAAUAUAUUACGAAAACCAACACGUCAACAAUCACAAAUAGCUAUCAGUAUAGCAACAACGGAUCUAGACAACACGUCAACAAAUGCAAACGUAUUACACACAACACCUAUAUUACAGACUGAGGAGAACAAAGAUACACAACUCAAUAAGAACAUAAUUGUUCACUAUACGCAUGAAAAGCGUUUUCAUUCAUUUAAACGAGAUAUGCAUCGAAUACUCGAUGAUACAUUUGAAACACAACUAAACAAAGAUAUCAAAUUAAUUGUAGGAAAUAGAAAUCGUCGUAAUACUCAAAACGAACUUAUACGUAAGCGACCGAAAAAGUCACUCUUACAAAACAGAGUUCCUAAAAGUAAGUAUAUAUCGGAUAUCGAAUAUAUUUAUUAACUACUCGUUUACAUUUAGAGAGGACGAAAGCAUCGAAUCGAAGAGCAACUACUACCACCUAACAAAUUUGUAGUAAAACAUAAAAUAACUAUCUGAAUAUAACAAAAUCUAUUGUAACGACUUGUUUUCUUUUUUUCUCUUCUAUCAAUAAAUUUUUUCUGUAUCGUAGUACUUAUUAUUAUCAUCUUUAAUCUUAACUCAUCUUUUUCAUUUGUAAUUCUAGAUAACUUUUACAUUUUAAGAAACAAGGAAAUGGCUCAAUUAAUUAAUGGAGAAAUCGUCCUGAUGUCACUAUUAGAUUCAUUACGACUUCAAGAAAGUAGAAAAAAACCAAAAAACAUUACAGCAAAAACAACGACAAUGGCGAAAGAAUCAACAAAGACAUCAACUAAAU